AUGUCGACGAUGCGAAUCCCACCUCGUCAGCUGGUAACACGAGAUGAAGUGCCUCGCCCGCCCACCGGGUGUCACUUGCAGCGGCGGGACCUUCAGACAGCCACAGGCAACGAGGGCCAUGCCGCUUCACGCCACCAGCGCCUCUCCACGACGAUUUCUGUACUCAUCGAUCAGGUACUUAAGACCAGCCGUUUGAGCUCAACUCUCUUCUUCGCUCCCUCACCCUUCUCUCCACAUCCCUUCUUACCCAUAAUUCCUUUCCUCAGUACCCCAAUCGCUACCACCACCACCCCUAUAACCCAUACGACAUUCAAGAUGAAGUUCGCUUUCGCUGCUCUUGUCGUUGCCGCCGCUGCGCUGCUCCCCGCCGCGGAGGCCAUGGACAUCUCGUUCUCGGCUGACAAGUUUGCUCGUCGCGCCGACACCAAGGCCACCGACGCCAAGGAUGCCAAGGCUGCUCCGGCUCCUGUCGCCGCUGCUCCCAAGCAGAGGGUGCCCGAGUUCGGCAUUGACCUCGUGAACGUCUACACCAAGCACAACGGCAGGGGCAUGCCCGUGCCUCACGAUGUUGCCUACACCUACAACGAUUGCAUGUGGAAGCAGUGCAAGGAGGACGGCAAGUGGGCUUGGCUCGACAAGCAAGACGUUCAGUGCUACCUCAGCCCCUCGUACAAGUUCCACGCCUACUCGGCUGCCAAGAACUUCGACCCCGAGCCCAGCAUCGAACGUGGUGCCUGUGUCGACACUGCCAACCCGGUGGACUUCCCCUCCGGCAUUCCCGAGUACACCAUCAGCGUUCCCUACCUCUACUUCAACAACCUCUUUGACCGUCGCUGCAAGGUUCGCGCGCUCGUCAACGUGCCCGAGAAUGGCGACCAGCCCCAGCACUGGGUUUCCGCCUGGGUCAUCGAGCACAACGGUGGCAACUGGAACACCACCGGCGACACUGGCGUCAACGGCCCUCAGUCGGGUAUCCUCCUCGACACUGAGCUCUACAAGAAGUUCGUCCCCAAGGGCGAGGCUCUGCCCCCCGUCCUGUCCAAGAAUGUCGAGUGGUUCUUCACCGACAUCAACACCCACAUGCAGCACGCGAUCGCUGCCGAGUGCUUCAAUCUCGCUCCCCUCGCCGCUUUCAUUUCUGCAGCAGUCUCGACUCAUCCACGCUCACAGCGUGUUCUCGUGCCGCACUACGAUGCAGUUUCAGGCACGUUCCUGAGGCGGAGAAGAUUGCAAGGUUCGUACCAGAGGGAUGACUAG